AUGGUGGCGGUCGAAACUGCACCUCUUAAGGUGAUAGACCUGCACAUGCAACACAGCGCUUCCAUCGCACAGGGCGACGCCUUAAACCACGCCGUCUGGCGCAAAUCGAACGACCGGCUGGAACUGAUGCAAUACCUCCUGGACAGGGGAGGGCGGGCGGCCAUCAACAAGAUAAGAAUCGACUUCUAUAUGGUAGAAAGAUACGCUGGCUGUUCCACACCAGUCCAUGACGCUGCGCUGGUGGGAGACGUCGAGUUGGCCAAGCUGCUUGUUGCGAAUAGUGCUGAUGUCCACAUCAAAAACUCGCACGGAGGGACGCCUUUGGAGCAAGUGCGGGAGCCACUGGAACAUAUGCCGGACCCUUUGGAGCGAGUUCGGGGAAGAGGUCAUCGUGAUGUGGCGGAGUAUCUUGAGCGGUUGGAGAACAGACGAGCUUCGCAGCUGUAA